AGAAACCUCAGAAAGCCAAUGGUAAUGGUUAUAUAUUUUACUAAUAAUGUUAUCAUCCAAAACAUGUCUAAAUCAAAUCCUUCAACCUUCAACAUAACAAACACAUUCAAGAUUCAACAAACAGAGAGAUAGACAUAGGAAGAACAUGGCAACUCAUCAAUUGAACCACAUGUUCAAACCAUCCAUGGUGAAGAAUCACAAGAAACAACAACCAAGAACACCUAGGUUCCAUGUGUUCAACAAUGCAACAACAUCUUCGACCACCACUCCUAUGAAUGCUAGGAAGCUCAUAGAAUCUGGCACCGUGAAAACUAUAUUUCCCAAAGAUGCUUCAAUUGCCAUGAAUUCUGAAGGGUUUCUUCUCCUUGAUGUUAGGCCAACAUGGGAGACAGAGAAGGCACGUGUUGUUGGGUCUGUGCACGUGCCAAUCUUUGUUGAAGACACAGAUAAUAGCCCUGUAACAUUACUUAAGAAAUGGGUGCAUUUUGGUUAUAUUGGAUUAUGGACUGGUCAAUAUCUAACUACAUUGAACCCUGAGUUUCUUGCUCAAGUUGAAGUGGCUAUUCCGGAUAAGGGUGCCAAGGUUCUUGUGGCUUGUGGAGAGGGAUUAAGGUCAAUGGCAGCAGCUUCAAAGUUAUACAAUGGAGGUUACAAAAAUCUGGGAUGGUUAGCCGGCGGCUUCAGCCGAUCAAAGGACGACGACUUCCCUGGGAUCGAAGGAACAGAGAAGUUGCAGUAUGCUACAGUUGGAGGAGUCUCUUACUAUUUUCUUCAGUUGCUUAUACUUCUACAAGCAGUGGGUAAAUGAUGAUAAACCAUUAGCAUAUAUGUUUUAUUCUAGUGGCUGAGAAGUUAUAUAGGAGUUCUACUUACUUGAAGAAAAAGAUUCAAUCCAAUUAUCUAUUUCUGUGUAAUUUUAUUUUGAUUUUCACUUGAAAAAAAAAUAAAUAACAUUUUUUGAACAGUAGUUGAACUUGAACCUGGCAUAGCCAGAAAUAGAAAAAUACAACUAAUAACAAAUUCUAAAUUACACUAAUAGCAACAAGUCAAUAAUUAACACACAUAAGGAUAUUAUUAUAUCAUGAUAUUCUGUUACAACAGUUGUCAACAUACACUAAUCUAAUUAUAAAAGACAAUCAAUACACAAUAGCUGAUGAACAUAAAGAGAAAAACCAAUUAUAAUAACAAUCAUCAUUCAUCUUUUUUUGUUCUAUUUCAUCAUCCAAGACUACCCUUGAUUAAUUACUUGACUACUUGAGUUGUCUAUCAUCACCUAAUUCAUCACAUUUCUAUAUACAUACUAGAGCUUUUACCUUUGUUUUUUAUUGUAUCUUCUUCUAUUGGUGAUUAAUUAUUAUUUAGAGAUGGGUGAAUAAGAGGCAAACGGAUCCAAGAGUAUAAGACAUGUAAUAGAAUAUGGAUGGACAUUUUUGGGGUGUCUCAAGAAAGGAUGGUACAAGGUCCGAAUGAACCUUCAUGUGUGAUUUGAUCAUUUUUUGAGUACAUAUUUAAUUAGCAAUAGAGGUUCAUACAUCUGAUUCAAAAAAGUAGUACAUAUUGAACUUUAAUUUUUUUUUAAUUUGUAGUCUUGUUAAUUAGACAAGCCAUGC